AUGAGGGGCUCCAGAAAGAAUCAACCACCCGCUAGCGGAUUUUUUUCACUCAUUGGAGCUAAACAGAAACGACCAUCCGAUGUUCAACGCAUCGGGCCGGCUGUUAAAAAACCUCGCCUUGAAUCACAAGAUGUGGCAUCUACGGAGCUAGUGAGUCGUGUGGAAACCCUGUUGGCCAGUGGCAACCUGGUUGAAGCAGAGGCUCUCAUAAUUUCUGUGUUGAAUCAUAUCUAUGCCAACGCCACCUCUACCGCCUCCCUCGCCUCAUUUGGCAGCCUGGCCCUCACACGAUCCGCCGGUCUAGCAUCCUCCCGACUGCCCCCUGCCUACACCGUUGGUCUAUUGGUCAUCGCUAAGCACGCUAGUGGACCUAGUCUCUUUGCCCGACCUGCGGUGCUGGAACUGCUCUAUUCCCUCCUUGCCCUCUCACCCCGCGAUUUUGGCAUGCCUCGACUGCCUACCUCGGCGAUGGCGAACUUUGCUGCGAGGUCACGUGGGCUUUAUGCGUUUGUGGCGAACUUGUUGUUGAUUGCCCUCGGUAAUCAGUCAAAGUGGCCACCAAGGUUGGUUAAGAUCUAUCUGGAGGAUAGCCUCUCCGACCGUCUUUGGGUGGAUCUCGACGAGUGUAAGGCCUUCGUGCUCAACCUCGAGACCGCUCUGCCUCCAGUGACAGGCGAUCCGCGGGGCCUCUUCACUCUCCUCUGCGCCAGUGGACCUCCUGUACCAGGGGUGCAGGCAGUUCUUGGUCUUAAUCUGCCCUCAGCUACCGCCACCACCGCUCCACUUCUUACUCCCGCCGCAUCUCUUGAUUUAGCUGAGGCGGUGGCUACGGCACUACACGCCACGCGAACCUCGCAGUCUGCCAAGGUUAUCCAUGGCGGCGACCCAGCACGCCUAGUCUCGCCACGCUUCGAGUCGGGUCGCAGUGCAGUGGAGGGUAUUAUUGUCACCACCCUGCGAGAAGCCCUUUCACGUCGCAGCUCGAGCUCUACAGGCUUGGGCCACUCCCUUGCCUCCUCUGCUGAUCCCUCUGGACCCAGUGGUGAAGUAGUGCACACUCGCUGCCUCAUUCGGACCCUCGCUAUGGCUGCUGGUAUCCCGGAAAUCCGCUCACUUGCUGCUCAGCGACUCGAACCAUGGCUCACGAACCCCAAACUUCAAACCUUAGCAGUCGGUUUGUUAGCUAUAGUGGUGGGCAAUUGCAAGCAGGGCUCCACUUCUCCAUCCGACAUCGAUACCAUAAUCACUGUCAUCUUCCGCAUUCGACAAAAGCUGCUUAAAGCCAACAUCCAGGCGGCCGUGCUGGAGAACAUUUGUCGACUGGCUGCUGCUGGCCCUACCAACCUGGCAAUCCUGGUCAAAUUAUGCAUGGCCAGUGAGCUGCCGACAAUCGCAGCGAUUUGUGAGGCAAAUGAACAGGCCGCUAAACAGGCAGCGAAACAGCAGCAAUCCCAAUUACCGAGCAUGGGGCCACAUGCCUCAAGCACUCUCGCAUCCAUUAAUUCGCCCGCAGCCAAAUGUUUGGUUGAGACUAUUCGAAAAUUGUGCUCUCAGUCGGAAAGUGAUGAAGUGCCAUCUCACUCCGACUCGGUAACAUCAAGUAUCAACACGAUUGCAGUCAACGCAGCCGAGGCUGUCGCCAAGGGCCACACCUCUGUCUCCUUUAUUUUCCCAAAGCUUUACCAAAGGUUCUCCAGUGAAUGGAUCAAGGUGGUAGCGGAGGUCCUCCAUGACCGAAUAGUCGAAGCCAUCACCAAUUCCAACUCCACAUCACCCCAAUUCGGCAGUCUUACUGCCCAUCCCACGGACAUUGAACUGGUCACUCACACUCUUCAUAUCCUCGCUCCCACGCGGCAGCUGCUGCGUGACCUGGCCAAGUGGAUGCGGGGAGCUUUUGUGCCGGUGGCAACACCCACCUCAUCCGUCGGCGGUGGAGGCGGGGGUGGGAGUGGGGAAUUUCUUCCCUGUGCGGAAAUGGGCUGCGGCAUUCUUCUUCUUGAUCGAUCCGUCCACCCGGUUUUUGCGGAGUCAGCGGUAACAGUGGCGCAACGCCUUUGGCAAGCUGGUGGUGGACAAAGCUUUGGACCCUUCACAAUACUGCGCUACAUCUAUGCAGUGGUGCAUGUCAUCUGUCAGCUGCAGAUGCUUUCGGCCACUCGACCUAGCCUCUGUGAUGCGCCUGCUGUUCGGAAGAAGGUUACGGGUGCCCCAGACCCAGUGAAGCAGCACCAAGCGUGUGUGCGCCAGUUGCGUCUCUACUUUCUUCGGUGGUUCAAGUCCUUCGUGCCAAAUCUCAUCUCCGCGGCUGCGGGACAUUUCCCCGCCGUAGCACCGCGCGAUGCCUUCGCGCAAAUUUCUCUCCUCUUGCGUCGCGCCUUCUUCCUCGAAGUUACGGCGCCUUUCGAUAUCCCCCCCACCGCUACCGAUUCUGCCUUCUCACCCUUCUAUGCCGCGGAGGAGCUCUGGCCUUUGGAACAGAAUCAGCGGCCCUUUGUGUGUCACCUGACUUACGUUAAUCUACCCGAAAAACUGGCUAUCCAUGUGCUUCGGCAUGGUUUAGAAUCGCAGUGGGGACUGGUUAGUCCGCCUGAUGCAGCUGCCAUCGUCUGCGAACUCAUCUGGCGUUCAACCGCCCUUUCUAUCGACAACGGUUCGGAGUCAUCAAAUUUCAGCAAACUGGAAGAGCUGAUCGACCUGCUUUACGCUUGCUGCUCAUUUUGCGCGGAUUGUGAAUUGCCAAACGAGAUACCGGAAAUGGCCUACAAGGAGCCGUAUUGGAAGGUUUCCAUGGCAUUGGUCGCUCUAGGUACUCAUUCUCCAAAAAUCUGUGGAGCGUAUCUGUGGACGAAUUAUCCAACCGUUCGAAAAUUAAUGGAAAUGGUCAUUACGAAUGAUGCGACCUCAGUGGAGUCUGAACGUCUUAAUAAGGAACUUGAAGACCAAAUGAUUUUACGGCUGGAGGCCUAUCUGGCCCGACCCCUGCCUUCAGUUUCAACUGUACCACAGCAAGCAUCUUCUGACGAGGAGACGAAAAAGGAUACCGACGAGGAAAAGAGGAAGACCGUGAAACUGGAGGCAAUGGAGCUUGACUCUGUGGAGAGCUCGUUACCCGUGGUCACAUCAGUGGAGUCGCAGCUGAUUGGUCAGCUGGUCCAAAAUAACCCUAGGGGGGUUUGUCGCUGCCCACCAGUUGCGGAAUUGGCGGCUCUGAAGCGUCUCUCUGAACAACUCGGUCUGCGUCGACGUCUCUGUUCUUGCAGGCAGCCAGAUCUGCUGUUGGAGUUGAUUAUCACGCAAGCUCCAGACUUGCCACAACCUUGGGUUAUUCAAUUGGUUGAGUCGAUGUGGCAGAGUAUUGAUGUGCUGCCUUUGCAAUGUCUAGCAGAAUACCUCCUUCACUCAAGUCUUCAGCGUAUCCAGGCGGCUGACGAGAAAGCCUUCAUGAAUGGAGUGACUCUAGAGGUUCCAGCACCGCCGACCUCUCGACGCCUUAGGGACCAGAGCACCUCUUCGAUGGAUGCUAACGUUGAAGCUAAUGUGGAUUUAGAAAAACUAGGCACUGAAGGUCCUUUAACAUCUCGACGUGUUCGGCCGGACAGCACAGCAGGCAGUGUCCACGCCUCCGAAAAAUUGCCCGUAUCUAAUGUAGGGGCAGGACAGGCAGAGCUGAAUCGGCGACGCCUCUACAACCGCAUCUUGGAGCGUCUGAGACUGCAAUCUCGAAGUCCACCUAUGGAUGUCACCACAUCGGCGACAGGACAACUCGGUCCAGACCGCGCUUCUCAAAAUCUUGUUGAUAAUAUCGCUGAAGCGGUGUUGCAAUCCUUCGCCAAUCGGCUUAGGGAUCCAUCCUCUCUCAUUCGACGUGCCGCUCGUUAUUGCCUUACCCUACUGGCAGUAGAGGACGUCACAACGGCUAGUAUAGUCCAGCCUACUUCAGGACCAUUAAUCCAGCCUAUGGAGGAGCUACUCAUUGUACUACAAUCGCUGAUCAAUCUUCCGGGUCUCUCUGUAGCAGUUGACAGACAGCAGCAACAACAACAGCAGCACAUCGAGUCUCUUGAGGCCGGUACCACCACCGCUGCCACCACUAGAGGGAUGGACUUCCUUGGCCUCAUUUUAGGCGCCAUUCUUGUUGAAGAUGACACUACUCCUCUAAUGGCCUACGUCCUCUUCCUCGGACAGCUCACGGAGAUCGCCUCUUUUGUGGCAUGGCGCCCAACAAUAAAUUGUCUAAGCCAACUUCUUUUAAAUCGGAAGACACUGGUUCGGAGUCUUCUUGAAUCGACAGAGUUGCUGAAUAUCCCUGCACCAAACCCACCCCUAGUGGAGGGCUGCUCCCAGUCAGACAUGGAAGAACGCACGGAGGAGUUUCGGCAGACUGCAGGUUUCAUCUUCUUGGAAAACAUUUGCCGCAUCAUGGCUCUCGAUGUCGACUACUACUGCACCUCGGCCAGUGUGAUUCCCGUCAACGAGAAAAACAGUGUAUUUGUCACUUGGUCGCCGACAAGACAGUGUCCAAUGGAGCUGGAGAUAAUUGAGUCACACCUAGUCCUACUUUCUCGAAUUCCUCGACGUUUUGUCGCAGCCAGUAGUUGCAGUAGUGGCUCUUGGUGGGACCAUCUUCUUAACACAUGGUUCACUUGUGACGCUAAUGGGGUAUACAGUCUGCCAAGUAUUGUUCCUCUCACAUCCUCUUCCACCGAUGUCAUGCAUACGAAGUGCGGCCUUGUCAGUCUCAGUGCGUCCAACAAGUUCUCUUUAUCUCCAGAACUGCGAUCGGCUUUCCUCGUCAGUGGCUUGCCGCAACUCGCGUCUGCUGCCCUCUCCGAUAUCACACAGGAGGAACUGCUUCAGGUUAUCUGCAACACGCCUGCAUUACUCCUCGAUGGGAACAUGGCUACGUGUCUUAUUGACUGUGCCACAAAACUCCAAGUCAAGCCCUCAACACCAAAGCAGACGCUCGCUUUUGAGAAACUCAAGACACGAGCCAAGCAUCCGAUCGUAACAGAAUAUAGCGGUCCUAUUCUAACCACAUCCCGAAUUUUCGUCAGUUCGAACGUGGUUGCACCUCCAGUUCUAACUCCCAGAAAGCCCAUCUAUACACCUAUUUCCCCGGCGACUCCCAAAGGUAUGACCGUUCGCCCUUCUCCCAUGUCUUCACCGGUAAUUAAACAACCGGCAUUUGUCUUAGCCGAGACCGCUGGAACAUCGGUAUCCAAGCCACCAAUGUCUGCUGAUACGCGCGAACCCCCUGGCGGCUCCAAGAAUCUAUGGAGAACAUUCUUUUCAAGGUUAACAGAGGCUGCAGGUGACUUCGUGUCGCAAUCUGAGCUGUUCUGCUACACCCUAGCACGAGUCAAUAGCUCCCUCAUUGUGAGGAAUCGAUGGAUGCAGGAUCUGGUUAAUGAGUUGCAGAUGGCGCAUAGUUCGUUGAAAAGGGGGAGAGCAGUUUCCACUGCAGCACCGCUGGUGGAUGUUCUCAAGAGUCUUCCAAAUUUGACCUCUGUAACGUACGCCUACUCUCUCAUCCGGUCCUGUCUUGCCUCAGGACUCUCCUCUUCUGAUCCAAAGACAGCCAGUCGUUAUCAGAAGUCGACGGAGUUCUGCAUUAAUGAAUUUGAGAAAAUUACAUUUCAUCCCCUCCUCUUGGAGCGUCUUCUUUUGAAGCCCCUUCGGUCGCUCAUUGCCAAAAGGGUGGAAGAACAGGGAACCAAAUCACGGGAGGAUGCGACUUCUGAGGCUCUUCCACUUACAUUUGAUCAACUUGAAUUGAGGCCAUUGGAACAGCAGAUGGAGGCCCUGACCCUCUACGGCGUCUCCUUCGCCCUCCUCUCAGCCGGCGACUCGACAGAUGCAGCAUGGGCUCUUGUUCGACGUCUUAUCCUGGCGAAAAUCGGCAGUGAUGUUGACAUUGAGGAGAAGGAGGAUCAUAUGAAGAAGCGGCGCUACCUGCUGGAGGAACUGGUCCACAACACCAGUCCGACCAUUCUACGAGUUUGCCUUCGCAAUGUUUUGCGAGAGGAUGUUAGGCAGCUUCAUUCAACCUUCUCACUGGACCUUUUCUCGAGUGUCCUCAAUCUGCCCGUAUUCUCCUCUUCAAUGCCCUUUGUUGAACCCCACGAGAGACCUGAUCCCGGAUGUCUCUACUCCCUCCUCCAUCGAUUAGAAAGCCCCACUGAGGGAAUGCGUCUCAUCGCGCAUGUCUGCGUUGAGGCUUCUAAGGUUCCAUCUUCCCUCCGUGAUCAAUCUCUCGUCGCCCGUGCUCCCCUCCUUGAUAUGGCCUUUCAGAGCUCGCUCCAGCCUUGUCUUCAUUAUAUCGAGUACCUAGCAGGCUUCCUCGAUCCUCCCACCUCCCUGCCUCCCGACCUGUUGGCUACUUUUCCAGAUGCCUCUAGCAUUGCACGGCGUCUUCUACUCUGCCUCUAUCUCCGAAGACCGGGCCUUCUCUACGCUCUGAAGAGCUCCGUCGCUCGAAGCUUUCUUCGAACCCCGUCAGCCAGUGAGAGCAUUCCCGAGUGCUUUGAACAGAAGGAGGUGGAUCGCCUGGGUCCCGGUUUCCUUAUCUGCCUGUCGGCUAGUUCGGACGUGAUGCGCGAGAUCUCAGCCCUUUCCAGCCUCGCUCUGGCCAUCCAUCAUCCUCGUCUCUGCCUCCGUCUCCUCCCCUUGAUCGCGAGCCUCUCCCAAGGCCGUCUGGACACCUCCUUAUCCACAUCGAGUACCAGCAGUGGUGGUUCCUCGGCCACGGGGACUCUUCCCUGGGGCAAAUUUGUCGCCCGUCAUCAUAUCGACUUUUACGCGGGGCUGCUGCGAUUCAUGGAGGUUCUAGCAUUCCCUGGAAAGUGUGAUGAACCCAACGGGGUUCUUUUCUCGCCUGAGGCUGAGCAUUACAGAUAUAGCAUCGACGAGAUUCUCUCCAGCUUGAUCCAUGCAGCCGCCAGCUACCCGAACCACGCAGCGAAAAUGGCAGGCGGAUUUGCCCGCCGCCUGGCGAGGCUGUUGCUAGCCUAUGCGAGCGCAGCGGGAUGGGCGCGCACUGAGGAUGGCCUCUUCGGUGACAGCAACGGAGGCAGCAAUGGAACCCGUCGAACGCGGGCAGAGUUGGCAUGGCUGGCGGGCGCGAUGCACGAAUUCGCUCCGCUGGCAACAGAGUGUGCGCUGUCCCUUCCUCUCUCCAUUCUUCGUCCUUCGCCUACCGCGUCUCCACCAAACGUAUCCCCAAAACACGGUAGUCUUGCUACCUCCCUCCAACCCUUCAUUCAGCGUCUACGAAAUCCUUCUAAUCCUACAGAGGUCGUCAACAUCAUCUCCGAUCUGGACGUUCUGACUGAGAGAAAGGUCGAAUUCCUUGUCUACUUCCAAUCAGAACUGGAGGACCUGAUCAUCCGCGGCGCCAGCCGGCAGGACAGUGGCUGCACUGCGUUGACCACUGAGACCUCGAUCCAACCACGUCUGCUGAAUCUGCUCUUCCGUCUCCUUCGCCAUAGUCCUCAGCAGGCUCAUGAAGUCCUUCCUCGGGUCUACCUACCUUGCCUGGAGGGUUACGGCACCUCAGCUGCUCUAGAUCACCUUCCUGAAGCGUGUCUUCUGGCUCCUCAUCUCGCUCCCCUUUUGCUUUGCACUGCAGCGAGCCGAUUGGUCGACACGGAGGGCGCUCCGCCCCCCGCAGCCAUUGUUAACGCGGUGAGUGCCACGCUGCAUCGGCUCACCUUGGACGGUGUUUACGAGGCCUGCAUUGAGCAUGCCGCUUCGGGCGUGUGGAAUACUACGACUGGACCCAAAUUUACAUUAAAGUGA